GGACGGAAGGAGUUGAACUUCUUCCGGGUCACUGUGGAGAGGCUCAACUUGGGGCGGGAGUUUCUUUCCGCUUCCCUGUAACAUUAAGGCUGCACCGACUUAAGGUGCUUGUGAAUUUGUGAUGAGUUCCCAGAAAGGCAACGUGGCUCGGUCCAGGCCUCAGAAGCACCAGAAUACGUUCACCUUCAAAAAUGACAAGUUCGAUAAGAGUGUUCAGACCAAGAAAAUUAAUGCCAAACUUCAUGAUGGAGUGUGUCAGCGCUGCAAAGAAGUUCUUGAGUGGCGUGUAAAAUACAGCAAGUACAAACCAUUGUCAAAGCCUAAGAAGUGUGUGACAUUCAGUCCACUUCCUGUUGCCUGCAAGAUGUAGGACUCUCAGCUUCUUCUCCAGCACCACGUCUGCCUGCACACCACUGUGUCCCAACAUGAUGUUAAUGGACUGAACCUCUGAACUGUAAGCCACCCAAUUAAAUGUUUGCUUUAUAAGAGUUGCUGUGGUCCUGAUAUCCCUUCACAACAGUAGAAACCCUAACUCAGACAGUAGUGCACCUUCUUUCUGUAUCAGGAACCUGUGUUAACACAGUGGACCCUGUAGUCUGAGCCAGACAGGGUCUCACCCUCCUGAGACUUCACUGAUCAUGCCCAAAGUGGCUUAUGUUUUAGCUAGGGAGUAUCUCACCAGGGCAUCAGGAGUGGGGAAGCACGCAUAGCCCUGAAGUCUGAACAAAAGUCUCCUUUAAGCCUUUGAAGUAAUCAGUCACGCUGCAGGUGUGUGUCAGGUAUUCCACCCGGGCUGCUUCUCUCUAGCUUUAAAGCAGUGAAUGACAGGUGAGUUGCUCUAGAGGUUGACCAGGACUGUCAAUUUCCAGGGUUACUGUCAGUUGAUAAAAUCUGGUCCAGGACUCAGGAGAGAAGGGAUGCUUUUUUCUGUGCCCUUCUGUUCCUGGGCCAGGCUUCCUUGUUCUCCACAACCAACCCAUAGGACUGUUUCUGACCAUAGAACCAUGGUGGGCUAAUUUAGCCUCUCUGCCUUGUGGCAGCUCUCUGUCUCAGCUGCCCACAGUUGCCCAGUUUUAAGUACUUGCCCUCUUAAGGUGGCCCUUGGCCACUGCACUCCAAGUGAUGUAGUGUGACAAAAAAUGGGAUUCGUCUGCACCACUGACCCAUCUGCUGGAGACUGGGUUUGAGGUGUGUGAGGGCUGUUGGCUGUUCCUGGGGGCCAGGUCACACAGAUAGUUCCUGACCCACCAUCUUGCUUGCACGUGCCUUCCCUCUUAAUGGGAGGAAGUCGGAGGAGUUUGUGAUAGCCAUCUGACUCCAGUAGAGGUUAUCGCAGGGUGUUAAUUUCCAGUGAAAACUAUUUUAGCCUUUUCACAAAUCUAGAACUCCAGGUUUGGAGAUUUUGUUUACUUAAGAAUAUUUAAUAGUGGUGGGCAUGGUAGCACAUACCUUUAUUCCAGCUCUCACUGGGAAGGCCGAAGCAGGUGGAUCUCUGUGACUUCAAGGCCAACCUGGUCUUCAUAGUGAGUUCCCAGACAGCCCAUCUCAAAGAAAAAGGAUAUUUAAUAGCUGUGGAUGUUUUAAUUUUGGCUAUUUAUUUUGCAUACCUACGUGUUUCUUGAUAUUGUUAAAAAGCCUCAAGAAAGGGUCAAAACUAAAUUAGCUAUUUAGGGUUUUUUUUCCCCUGUAUUGCUUUCUCAGUACUUUUUUUUCAUUGUAAGUAUUGCUGAGUCUUUUAGAAAGUGCUAUACAUGUCUUGAUUAUUUUUUCAGUGUUUUCUUCCUGUUCUCUGGCAUAUCUGCUAAAGAAAAUCCUUCCAGUGGCUACGGGUAUAGCACAGUGGGAGAGUGUGUGCUUAGUAUGCUGACAUCCUGAAUUCAAUCCCCAGAAUUAUAAAACCAUAAACCAUCACUUAUAAACAAGCCUGUUGAAUCUUAUGCUAAGUCAUCCAAAUUGGCAGCAGGGAAAUUAAGCUGUAAGGUAGGUGGUUAGAGCAUCCAACUUUAGCUUUCCAUGAAUGGAUCAUUGUUUUCUAGGUAGCAAUUAAAAACUAGCUAUGUAGUAAGUCUUGUACUUUUAGUUAGUAAGCCAAACACAAGGUAUGUGAUUUCAGAGCAUUUCCUAUAAGGUGCCUUUCCUAUAAAAUGUGUAAGGUUUCACCACUGCUUUCCAUUUCCCCCUGACAGCUUUUCUCCCAAAGCAAUUUGAAGAAUACACAAUGGACAUUACAGUGUUGCCUUUUAGCAGACAUUGUAACAGAUGAAGUCACUUAACUGUUUCUUCUAUGUCCAUUACUUGUAUUCUAGUCUCGGUAGUCUGUGCUGUGUCCUGUGUGCUUGUCUUUGUUAGGAGCAUGCCACUAUGUGAAAGAUCACUUGCAAACUUCUCUAGAAGUGGUUAUUCCUCGUCUGUCUCAUGUGAUCCAUUGUUCUAUCAAGGGAGAUGAGAGCUAAAGAAGACUCAGGGCCUGUUGUCUAUCACACUGAAGGUCAUGUCACAACCUCAGAAUGAAGGAAAUGAGGUAUUAUAUAAAUACAAAAUACAGAUAAGUCAUUAUGGUGGUUUGAAUGUAAUUGUACCCCAUAAGCUCAUAGGGAUUGGCACUGUGGCACUGUUGGAGGUGUGGCUUUGUUGGAGUAGGUUUGGCCUUGUUGGAGGAAGUGUGCCACUGUGGGGAUGGACUUUGAGGUCUCAUAUAUGCUCAAGCCAAGUCCAGUGGGAACAGAUCACUUCCUGUUGCUUGCUGAUCAAGAUGUAAAAAUCUCAGCUCCUUCUCCAGAACCAUGUCUGCCCGCAUGCUGCUGUGUCCCAUCAUGAUGAUAAUGAACUAACUCUAAAACUGUAAGCCACCCUAUUAAGUGUUUUCCUUUAUAAGAGUUGCCGUGGUCCUGGUGUCUCUUCACAGCAAUAGAAACCCUGACUAAGACAGUCAUUAAGGGAAAUCACUAAGAAUAAGGAAGUUCAAGCAAAUGCAAAGGAAAGUAUAGCUCACAGGAGCCUGAGAAAUACUUGUCAAAGCAGAGCUCCAGGAAGACAAGGGAGGAAAAGCCUUUUUCAUCUGCCCUUCUGGAUCUUAGCUAGGAUUCAGUAUCUAAAGCAGAACAAGACCCAAACCUGCAAAUGUAAUUGAUACACAUUUUAUAUAGCAUGGCAACCUUCAUAAGGAAAUGAAGAAAUGGUUAAGUCCAAGCUAGGCCUACACUUGGAAACCCUGCACUUGGGAAGCUGAGGCAAGAGGAUCACAAGUUCAAGGCCAACCUAAAAUACACAGGGAGUUCUAGGCCAGCUUGUGAUACAUAGUUCAGUCCUCUCUCCAGAAACGAAGAAGGAAAGGGGGAGGGAAAAGGAAGAAGAGGAUUAAACAGGAGUGUUUCACACCAGGUAUGCUGAAAUGUGGGAAGCCAUGGGGGGAUGUAAUAGAACAAAGCAGUGUAGCAGUGAGUCAUAAGCCGGUGGGCAGGGGUGGCCUGUCGUGGUAGUGUGUGGCUUAUGUGUUCAGUUCCUCCUGUCUCUGUCUUUGGACAUAAGGAUGUGCUGCCUUUUAGGUAUCAGCAGGAUUUUUCACAUAAGGGCCUUCCUAUACCUGCUGUAACUUGGAUUAUGGAAGUUUAAGAUAGUCCUUAAUCCAAGGCACCUUUUUGGUUAGAAUGUUUUAAAUUCUUGUAAUCUAAAAGCAUUACUCAUGGGGUCAACUGUCUAGUCUUAGAACACCAUGAGUUUCUGAUUAUACUGACAUGUGGCACAUUAGGCAUUUCACAGUCCAGUCCGUGACUGUAGUGUUGUAGGAAUAUACUUCACCCGUAUCUGCUUUGUUUCACUGUGUAUUAAACUAUACCCCAUAUUGUAAGGAAUUUGAAUCUGUUGGUGAUGCUGACAGUGAAACUUAAUUUAAAAUGUUAAAUACUUUAUUCAAGCCAACCACUGAGAAAAAUUAUCCUUUGUUAAGAUUUAUAGUCCAAAUACACAGAUGUUCCUCAACUUAGAUCCUAAUUAACCCAUCGUAUAAAUGGAAGUACCUCAGCUUGAAAAUACACUGAGUGUAUCAUCAUAUCAUAUUUUCCCUUUAUGUACCUUAAAUUGCUCUGCACCUCUAGCCUAUAGUAGAGCAGAAUCAUCUAGCACAAACUAAAUCAUGAUCAAGUAUUGAAUAUCUUAAGUAAUUAGUUGAGUGCAUCCAGCUGUAGUCCAGGCCCCAGGCUGUAAUUGGCUGCCUAUUCUAUGUCAGCUUCUUCUGUAAUACUAGGACAAAGUUAAACAUGGGCUAAUGCGUUAUUACUGGUGGUUUUGCUUAAUGGAUGAAAAGAGAAAGAGAAGUAGCUUAGAAAUUCUAAUAGAAAUGUGGGUAUUUGCUUUAUAACGUGUCUAACCUGAUUCGGGGAAAGGUUGCUUGGUGGGUGGUCCUGGUGCUAUGACAUUCUCAUGAGUACACAUGUACACAGGUGUUCUCUCUCUCUCUCUCUCUCUCUCUUAAUAAUUAAAUAUUUUAAAGUUUUGUUUUUUUUAAAUUUUACAAGAAUGUUGCUUGGUUACCUGAAACAAAAGGCAUUUCACAAUCUAAAAGUAAAACCUAUUUGUCUUUCUAUAAAUACACAUAUUUAAAAAGAAAUGCACAGGGUGGUUCUAAGCAGAAUAUGUUAAACUACAAGUACAUGCAGUUCACAGUUCCAGACUAUUUCAAUAAACAAGAUUGGUGACAUUUGAAGAUUUAAUGACGCCCCAAGCUUUUGUUGAGUGGAGGGAAGGGACCUUUGGAAGGUUUAGUGCUGGGCUGUGAGAGAACAGGGAAAUAGGGCUUUGGGAUUAGGUGAAUUUGCAUUUGAAUCUAAACUCCCUGUGCUUUACUUUGUCUUGAGUUAAACAUAUAAUCCCCCUGGCCCAGGGCAUUUAAAAAACAGAAUUCAUUUCAUUUCUGGCCUUCUUGUACCUCUUGAGAAAGGGGCAAAAUCUUUUAACCGUUAAUGUAAAUUUAAAAGGUGUCAAAAUUUCUUGACACCCUUUAGAACAAUUACUUUAUAAGAUCUCUUGGCCUUACUUCAUACUUAAUUGCAUUGGAUAAAUUUUACAAUUCCUUUUAAAGUUAUUGUUGUACCUCAUCUCAGCUGUUCGCAGACAUGUCUGUUGGACCAGAGAUGGAUAAUCCUGUGGUUUAACAAAUAAAGAGCGGCUGGAGAGAUGGCUCCAUGGUUAAGAGUCCUUAGUGCUCUUGCAGAGGACCUGGGUUCCAUUCCCAGGACCCAUGCAAUGGCUCAUGCACCUGUAAUUCCAGUUGUGCUGGGAUGUGAUAGCCUCUUGUGGGUUCUGUGGGCUCCAGCAGCUCAUCAUGUCAGCUCACACGCUUUACACAUAAAUGGAAAGUGAAAACGAAAAAGAUUAUAGGGUUAAUCCUCUUGUUUUGAGGAGUUGAUCUGUCUGCUGCAGUGUUAAGAAUAGGGGAUGGCGGGGCGGGAGGAGGCUUCUAUAAGGCAGGAGAAGCCAAAACAAAUCAUAUUUGGAAGACAUUGAGAGAGAGAGCAUGAGUUGCUGCCAAGAACUUCAUGCCACCAUAUUCUUGGGACCUGUGCCUUCCCUUUAGUUUGGUCUUUUGAGACAGAUUUGCCUUGAACCUCUGAUCUCCUCCCCACUCCUAGGUGUUGGGGUCACAGAGGUGGGGUGCCACACCAGGAGCUCUUCCUUUCUAAUCAGAUUCUAACACUAAGACCUUAAUUGUACUCUAUAGACUAAUCCCUAUGUUUCUUCUGAUUAGUGAAUUAGUUUCAAUUUUUCUGAAAUAGGGUCUCACUAUGUAGCUCAGGCUAGUUUGGAAGUCCUUAUAUAUCCCAGACUAGUCUUAAAUACGUGAUCCUUCUCCCACAGCCUCAGUCAAUCAUCAUGCUUUUAAAAGGAAACCAGUGCAGAACACAGCUCUUACUCCAACAGAAAUAAGAGAUAGUCUUUUUUCUGAGCUAAAUAUGAGUGCCUGUAGCUAAGGACUUAGACUCGAGUUGCCCUGUAUGGCAUGUUCCCCCAUGGAAGUGUUUACAUUAACUUUAUAGUCACAGAACAAAAGAAGGAAAUCAAGACACUUCCAAAUCCACUGGUGAGGACAGUGAGUAGGCAGCUGCCUUGAGGCAGGGGUCCCUUCUAUAGGUCUCAUGAUAGCUGAGCACACUCCUAGCCUUUGGGGUGGUGGAAACUAGUGGUCUAUCAAGUUAAUACCUUCCAAAGGUUUUACCUGACAGUCAAAGGACAUUAAGUCAGAUACAGAGGUGAGUGGCAGUGGCUGUUGACUAGGUAUCUUCAGGUAAUUUUGGCUAUGUCAGUUAAUCCUCCAACUCUCCACAAUUCCCCAGUUCUAAAUGUGGUGGUGUGAGCCUGUCCUCCCAGGGAAGGAAGAUAGCUUGAGCCCAGGAGUUUGGGAACAGCCUGGUCGAAAACCACAAAAGAGAACGAACAGGAAAGAGUAGCACUGCCCUCGUUUUUCAGAGGAAACAAGUCAUUGGUUCGCAGAGAACAUGGUAAUUAGUGCCAGUGCCUUGCUUGUCUGGCUCCGAUACUGCAUUCAGUACCAGCCCAUUGGCACUAACUAAUUACAUGUGUUGGCUGAGCAGACACUACUGCAAUACUGGUCUUUCUGAUGCUGUAACUCUGUAUAGAUAGGCAACUUCCAUAGCACCGAAGGCUCUUUCCCUUCUGUUCUUAGAGCUGGAUGAAUGACGGGUGCCAUUGAUCAGUGCAAGCUACCCCUCAUUCUCUGUGUAAUUGUAAAGUGCAUAAUUCAGGUGGCAAAAAUUGGAUGUGUAUGUGCUUAUGGCCUUAGGACUGGCUUUGUUUUAUUUUUACCAAUUAAAUGUAACACUUGGGUUAUUUGUCCAGUUUGUAAUUUCUGUUUUUACAUUAGGGUCUUAGACCAAGUGGGACAAAAUAAAUAAAAAUACAUUUACUAUUUAGGCUUGGGAAAUGAUGUAUCCUCUAAAAUUAGAAAUUAUUUUCAGUUGAUGGGUAAUCAUAAGAAUUAUUUCAGUAAUUCUUUAUAGAGAAUUGUCAGGAAACUGACACAGUUUGGGGAAGGAGGGAAAAGAGAAAUGAAAAGAUCUCGAAUAUUUAGGGCUAGCCUACCUAAAGAGGUUGUCUUAGUCAGUGCAUAUCUAUUGCUGUGAACAAACACCACAUCACAGUUCAUCAUUGAAGGAAGUCAGGACAGGAACUCAAACAAGAACCUGGAGGCAGGAGCUGAUCUGAUUCAGAGGCCAUGGAUGGGUGCUACUUAGUGGCUUGCUCCUAAUGGCUUGCUCAGGCUGCUUUCUUAUAGAACCCAGGACUACCAGUCCAAGGAUAGCACUCCUCACAAUAGGUUGGGCCCUCCUCUAUCUAUCACUGAUUAAGAAAAUGUCAUACAGUCUACCUACAGCCUAAUCUUAUGGAAGGAUGUUCUUAAUUGAGGUUCCCUCCUCUCAGAUGACAUUAGCUUGUAUCAAAUUGACAUAAAACCAUCCAGUACAGAGGUCAUUAAUAUCCUUAUAUUAAACAUAGUAUCCUUUCAAAACUGUCUUAGGAGUGGAGCCUGCUGGCACACACUUGUAAUCCCAGCACUUUGGAGGUAAAGACAGGAGAAUCAGGAGUUGAAGGUCGUUCUUGGCUGCAUUGUGAGUUUGAGGCCAGCCCAGGCUACAUGAGACCUGGUCUGAAAGCAAAACAGAAAACAAAACUAUGACAUCACUGCAUUUUAGUACCCACCCCUUAAAGGCACCUCUUAGAAAACCAUGACUUAUGUGAACAAGUUUUAUUUAACUAUAAGAACCAAGAGUUUCUAUCAGCAAGAACUCUAAAGAUAUGGGUCCCCAGGCAGUUUUUGAGCAGAUGGCUAGAAGUGGUAGUUAUUAGUAAAAGGGGAGACUUAUUUAUUUGUUGGUGGUGUUUACCGGGCUCAAGAGAACACGAGGUACAAUAGAACCCAUUAUAAGAGUUUUUAUUAGGGAAGGGAAAGUAUAGUCAUGAGUAGGCCUAUCGGAGGGGAAACUGUGGGCCUUCUAGCUACACCAUGCAUGCGCAUAGAUUAUGUGACCUCCUGAGCUCAGAUUAUGUAGUAAGGCUCUGGAGUGACUAAGCAUUUUGCCUGACCACUGACAGCGAAUGCAAGGUCAUGUGACUCUAGAAGUGGCUAGGAAUAAUAACAGAGACCCUGGGCUUACAACAUGACUGCAGAGGAGUAAUACAGUAAGAACAGGAGAGAAAGUUCAGAAAAGUCAUGAAAUCUGACUGGGGGAGUGGUGUGGCUGAUGCUUACAGGAAACCUUGUAGAGAGUAGCCUGGGAAAGAGGGAAGAAGAGCAGAGCCGCUCCCACCCCUCCAUCCCUCACAAACAGUGCAGGUGACCACCAGCUGCUUUAGGUCUGUCUCACAGCUCCUAGUAAAUUCAUUAGUUCUGUUUUUUUGCUGUCUGCUUAUUUGCUAAGACAAUGUCUCAUGGUGCCCUUUAGACUGCCCUUGGACUCACUCCUGCCACCUCAGCUUACCCAGGGCUGGGAUGACAGAUGUACCACCAGGCAUCUACUUCUUGCCAUUCUAUCACUUUGGUGGUCUAUGAAUAUGAAUAAUAUUAUAUGCAAUAAGAGGUUUUGGUUGACUUCAAAUAUAUAUGUAACAAAGAGAAAACUAGACUUAAAAGUUUGGUUUUAUUGUUCAAUUUCUGACAUCAAAAAUACUGCAUCAUCUUUUUUAUUUUUAUUCUUUCAUCAAAAUAAACAUCUAUCACCAUUUAUGUAAGUAUUCCAUGGCCCAGCUCUGCCAGUCCCUCGCCUGGAAAGCAUGUGAAAUAAGUUAUACAGCAUGACUGUUGUGGAAUAUUAGUUAAAGAUGUGUUACAUCCUUUUAUGCUGCAGGACAUUUGUUUAAUGAUGCAAAGAUGUGCUGCUUUUUUUGUGUUACAUUUUUAAAAAGAUUUAUUUAUUUAUUAUGUAUACAGCAUGACUGCAGGCCAGAAGAAGGCACCAGAUCUCAUUACAAAUGGUUGUGAGCCACCAUGUGGUUGCUGGGAAUUAAACUCAGGACCUCUGGAAGAGCAAUCAGUGCUCUUAACCUCUGAGCCAUUUUUCCAGCUCCUGUGUUACAUUUGUUUAACUCUGUAAAGCUGUGUUACUUUGCCUGUCUAAAACCCCUGAUUGUUCUAAUAAAGAGUUGAUGGCCAGUAGCUAGGCAGGAGAGAGAAAUAGGUGGGGUUGCCAGGCAGAGAGAAUAAAUCGGAGGAGAAGGGAGGAGAUUUUGAGAAAAAGGGAGGAGAGGAGGACACCAAGGGCCAGCCACCCACCCAGCCACACAACCGUCCAUGAAGUAAUAAGUGAAGAAAGGUAUAUAGAAUAAAGAAAGGUAAAAGCCCAGAAGCAAAAGGUAGACGGGAUAAUUUAAGUUAGAAAAGUUGGCUAGAAAUAAGCCAAGCUAAAGCCGGGCAUUCAUAAUUAAGAAUAAGUCUCUGUGUAUGUAUUUGGGAGCUGGGUGGUGGGCCCCCAAAGAGUAAAAAACAACUACACAUGGCCUCUCACUUCCAGCCUUUCACCAGUGAGGUGCUACUGACUGAUGAGUCACAAGAGAACUGUGUCCCUACAUUCCAUAGCAUUGAAAAUCACCAGCCCUAAACAUUUUCCAUUCUUCUGUUGAUAAGCUGCUCUUGGCCAAAGGUGAAUGUUUUGUAUUGUUUUAAGAAUUGUCAAGCCAGGCAUAGUCAUCAUGCCUUUAAUCUCAGCACUCAGGGAGGCAGAGGCAGGCAGAUCUCUGUGACUUCAAGGCUAGCCUGGUCUACAUAGUGAGUUCAAGGACAGCCAGAGACCCUAUCUCAAGAUGAUGAUGAUGAUGAUGAUGAUGAUGAUGAUGAUGAUGGUGAGACCCUAUCUCAAAAUGAUGAUGAUGGUGGUGGUGGUGAUAAUGAUGAGAGGCCCUGUCUCAAAAUGAUGAUGAUGGUGGUGGUGAUGAUGAUGGUGAUGAUGAUAAAUUAACCUACUCCAGGCUAUUAUUGCAGUAAGGGGAAGUAGUACCUGUCUAUUUAGUCUGGAGUGUAUUGUAGCAGGAAUCUUAAAAGUUGUUAUUAAUAAAACAAACCUGUAGCCAGGUAUUGGGGUGAAGCUGGAUGGUCAGAGAGACAGAACAAGCCACAGCUAACCUCACCUGGCCAACUUCUCAGCUGGUCUUGUUUUCUCAGACUGGAAGCCUCUGUGUCCUCAUAUCCGAAUGGCUCUCAGCUGAACUGUGCUGUUAGAAGCCUGAAAGCUUAACCAGCCAAAUACUUAACCAGCCAAAUGCUUCUAGUUUCUGGUCUUCACGCCUUAUAUAUCUUUCUCUUUCUGCCUCACUCCCUGGGAUUAAAGGCUGCUUUCUGGGAUUAAAGGCGUGAGUCACCAUGCUUGGCUGUUUCCAGUGUGGCCUUGAACUCACAGAGAUCGAGGGAUUUCUGUCUCUGGAAUGCUAGGAUUAAAGGUGUGUGCCACCAUUUUCUAGCCUCUGUAUCUAGUGGCUGUCUGUUCUCUGACCCCAGAUAAAUUUAUUAGGGUGCACAAUAUUUUGGGGAACACUAUACCACCACAUUUGCCCUUUUUUGUCUAACAUUAAAAAAAAUUAUAACUAAUACAAGAAAAAUUAUCCAAUAAGUAUGUACAAUAUACACAGUCAAGAUUACAUUAAUGAUGUCUAGUCCAUUAACAUUUGACAGAUUCAGACAAAAAACUCCAUUAUAUAUAUUAACAAUGUCCAGUCCAGUAACAUUUGAUAAACACAGACAAAAAUUUUUCAUUACUUACCCUAUUUAAAACAAGUAGUUCCUUUUAAAAUGUAGAUUCAAUAAUUGACCUUUUUAUCUUAUCACAUCCAUAUUCUAUCUUUUUUCUUUUCAUAAUAGAUUCAGUAGUCUACCUUUUGUCAUUUUUAUAUCUUCCCCUUUUUCUUUUCAGUGUAGAUUCAGUGAUCUACCCAAUUUUCCUAUUAUUUCUUUAUCUUUUUUCUCAGAGUAGAUUCGAUGAUCUAUCUCAUAUCUAUAGUGUAUAGUCUAGAGACACCAGUAAAUGAAUUGUAACUACUACAUAAGUUUUUGGAAUAGGAAUAGGAGGUAAGUGUUUUCCUUAAAAAGUACUUAAAAAUCUAGUAGAAGCUAAUCCCAUAGUUUAGUUUUAGACUCUCCUUAUUGUAAACAACAUAGGUUGCUUAUUACCACUGGAGGGAAGUACCUGGUGAAUCUGCCAAUAUUGAGUUUCUCAUUUGCAUACCAAAGGGUGAGGCGCUGACAGUCAUUGUUUACCGAGGUGUCAGUCAUCCUGUGUGCACAUACCACAGAGGGCUAAUGAUGGCCACAGUCAGAACAUAGUAACCAGGAAACUAAGGCAGAGUUGCGAAAGCAGCAGAGGGAAAUUUGUUUCUGUAAACUACUAACCUGUUCUAUGUUUGGCCCAGUGGUUCCACUCACAGGUCAGGACAAUGGUAAGUCCUGAGGUUUUUGUUUAACUGUGAGUUUGCUGAGGCAGUGAACACAAUGUAAUUCAGAUGUCCUAGAACCCAGUACUACUGACUUGUCCUGCUCAAGUGUCAGCUGUUUGGGUACCCAUUAUGAAGAGUGAGACUCAAAAAGUUCUAGUGACUUUUAAAGGUAACAGGGAAUUGUCAAAACUGAGCUAGUCUCCCAUUCCAAAUCAUGUUCUUUUCUACUGUUGUAUUUUCAAAAUACUCGCUAGAGCUUGCCAUGAUACAUUGAAAACUCCCCGUCUGUUCCUGAUUUCAAGUAGUCAGCACUUAUUUUUUCUUUUGUGUUUUGCAUUGUAAACAAAUUAUGUUAUUUUUCAAGAUUUGUGUUACUGAUUGCUUUAUCAGUCAAUAUGGCUUAUAAGAGCAAACUGUGUUUUAAUUUAGCCAGAUUUUCCAUUUAAACUGAUUAGUUGUAAUGUGUACAUAGCCAAAAUAGCUUGAGUGGCAGUUUUCUCUCUCUCUCUCUCUCUCUCUCUCUCUCUCUCUCUCUCUCUCACACACACACACACACACACACACACACACACACACACACACACACACACACAAUAUAAAAAGGAGGGAAAACUAAGAUUAACACCUGUGAUGUUUCCUUAAUAAAAUGCAAUAAAUGCAGCAAUUUUUUUCAGGGAAAAUUAAGAAAGAUAAAUAUUUAGGUGAAUUUAAAGUUAUUCCAUACCACAAAUUUUUAUAAGGAAAAGUACUCAGGAGUGAUUAGAGAUUGAUAGCUAGUUUUAAAGAUGUUUUAAAAUACUUUAUGGGUUUUAUGCAACUUGGAAUGGAUGCCUAUUAAAGUGCUACGUAAACUAUUCUCACACUUAAGGUCCUUUGGGUUUAAAACUAAGUGUUGUAUUGAGUUUUAAAAAAAUGCAGAUGUGUUAGCUAGGGAACUCCUCUCUUGUACUCACUGCACAUGCACAAAGCCUGCAUUAUGUGUUUUGAAAGAAAGGGCACACUAGCAUUCCUCUUGGGAGAUAGAAAAUGACGACUGUAAAGAGUAUUGUCCAAGCAUACAUCACCUCUAUAGAAAGUGAAAUGCUGUUUUAAGUGAAUCUUUUCCUGUUUUCAUUCAAGGAUACCAUCCUAACAAAACUUGGUUUUCAGAAAGAAUUUAACUAAUUGCUUUCAGAUUUCAUUUUGUUCUUAGAAUUGGUCAUUGUAAUCACUACCAGGGCCAGGAAACCCCCAUUUAUUAUGAUGGAUGUCAAGAGUUCUCAAAUGUUUGUGGGCAUAAGAAUUUCUUAGAGUUUAGCAGAUUCAUGAGGCUCAUACCCAAGCUUUUAGUUCUAGGGAUCUGCAUUUAACAACUGAUGUGUAACAUGCUGAUGUGUGAUUCCUAGGAGUCACCUUUGUUGAAGCAGAUGGACUAGCUAAAGGAUCAGGACCCUUUUGGCUGCAGACUGCAAAACAAGAGAGCUAUUUUCAAGAUUUAUAUGUAAAUCUUAACAUUGAGAGUUCCCAUGAAUACAAUUUGAACCCUGCAUUAACAACUUGACUACUUAAAGAUCUGUUG